AUGACAGAUAGCUCCCCGAAGAUUGGGAAAAUAUUCAUCGGCGGCUUGUCGUACGAGACGACGGACGACAAGCUGCGGGCCUACUUUGGUGCAUACGGCGCCGUCACGGACGCGGUCGUGAUGAAGGACCCGAUCUCGCGACGCUCACGCGGCUUUGGCUUUAUCACGUACGCCGACCCGGCCUGUGUGGAUCGCGCAUUAGCCCAGCCCAACCACGUGCUCGACAACCGCCGGGUCGAGGCGAAGCGGGCCGUGCCACGCGCCGAGAGCAGCCGCGACACAAGUAGUAUCUCCGCUAGGGGGAAUGUUAGUGCAGGAUCCAGCGUCAGCUCCGCGAGUGCGGUCGGCGCCACAAAAAAGAUAUUCGUCGGUGGCCUCCACUACGAGACCAAGGACGCCGAGUUCAAGACGUACUUUCAGCAGUUUGGCAAGGUCGUCUCGGCCGAAGUCAUGUUCAACCGCGAGACCAACAAGUCGCGCGGCUUUGGCUUUGUCAUCUUUGAGACGGAAGCCAGCGUCGAGCUCGUGCUGCAAGACAAGACACAUGUCAUUGACGGCAAGUCGGUCGAAGUCAAGCGCGCCGUGCCACGCACCGACGCGCCGCCGACAACGACCGGCAGCGUCCGGUCCGUCUCGAACCGCGGUGGCUCGUUCAGCGGCCAGUCGAGCGACCACGAGCUCCUCAGUCCGCGCUCGACACCGACGUCGCCGAUGACCAAUUCCCUCGACCCCGCGAUGAGCGGAUAUGCCGCGGCCGUUCGAUAUGGCGGCGGCCGGUCGACCCCCAACCAAAGUAGUAUGUUGGACCACAGCCUCGUGGACCGUCUCGACAGCAUGUCCCUCGACGGCAAGGACCCGACGCUCGACGACGACGAGCAUCACGUGCCCAACGGCUCGAUGCUCCACGGCUGGACGAGCCAAAACUUUGGCUUUGGCAGCAACAGCAGCUUUCGCCCGGCGACCGCCUUUGGCAUGGACGUCGGUCGUCUCCACGGCGCAGAGUUCCAAGACGAUCACGACCUCGACGGGCCGUUCAGCCGCCGCUUUGGCGGCAUGGGCGAGAAGAAGAAGGCGUACCAGCCGCCCCGCCGCGACGAGUACCCACCGGCCGCCAAUUACAGAUAA